AUGCAGAGAAUAUUAGAGAAGAAACACUUCAGAAACAAACAGAAAGAGAUAGAAUACAUUUCGAAGAAAUUGCAAUCGUACGAUUGGAAGACUUACCCUCAUAGAUGUCUUCUUAUUUUAGAUGACUUUGCUUCUCAUCCUUUGUUAAAGAACAGAGAACAAGAUAUGUGUCGAAUUCUUAAGAAGCUCAGACACUUUAACAUCUCAGUCGUAAUAUGUGUACAGACAGCAAAGAGUUUAAGUAAGGAUGUUAAAAGAAUACUUACUGACAUUGUACUCUUCCCCGGAUUGUCCGAAGACGAUUUCAUGGAACUUAUGAAAGAGUCCAUGGCAGGUAAGUUUGACAGACAUGAACUAUGGGAGAAGUACAAAGUCAUACAAGACCCUCAUACUUCUUUCAGAAUUCAUAUCUACGCAAACAAAGUUCAAAUUGUAAAAAGUCAAGCUUGA